AAUAUUCACACGCAAACGCUUAUUUCCGCCGGUGGAUUUAUUUCUUUCUUUCUUUCACUUAGAUAUUUUUACCUUCGUCUCAUUUUCAGCGCACAAAACUUUUGUGUUUGGCAGGCAGCGUAGAAAACGUGAAGAGAAAUUAGGAAAUUUUUUUGAUUCAACUCGGAAAACACCGAGAAAAAUCUCCUUUUCUUUCACCGAUAUCCUCGCCAAGGUGCUAUUCGAAACACAAAAUCUCAAUCCAACUUUUUUUCUUACCUCAUUCGUUCAGUUGAUCGUGGUUGUGUGACGGAGCGUGCAUAAGAGGAUCGUGGAUUGGGAAGCGUAGUUUUGUGUUUUGUUGUUUUUUUUUUUUUGGUUUUGUUCUGUUCAGCAUUUACUUGUUGCAAGAGCAAAGUCGCGAUUUCUGCAACUAUGAGAACUUCGUGGGCAGAUUCUGCUGACAACUCAGCCAUUGGUUCUGGCAAUGGCAAUUUCUCGGCUCAUCCUCCCCGAGGUGCAUACGUGCCUCCGCAUCUUCGCAACAGGUCAAUGUCGUCAGAGGCUCCUGCAGUGUCACACUCGCCGGCUCCUUUGCCGGUGAAUGACCGGGGGAAUCCUGGUGGUGCAGCUCCUCAUCAGGGUGGUGGUGGUUACUUUAAAGCUGAUCAAGGGCGGCAACAAGGAUAUGGUUCUGGUUAUCAGACUGGUGGUGGCUGGAAUGGUAGAGGGGCGGGGAGGGACCGUGGGAGGCGUGAGGUGAACCCUUUUGAGAAUGAUGAAGCUGAUGAUAAAUCUGUGGAGCAAGAGGGCACUGGGAUUAACUUUGAGGCUUAUGAUGAUAUCCCUGUGGAGACUAGUGGGGACAAUGUGCCCCCGCCUGUGAAUACAUUUGCCGAAAUAGAUUUGGGCGAGGCAUUGAAUCAUAAUAUACAGAGAUGCAAGUAUGUGAAACCAACCCCGGUUCAGAGGUAUGCCAUUCCAAUUUCCCUUUCGGGGCGAGACUUGAUGGCCUGUGCUCAGACCGGGUCAGGAAAGACAGCUGCCUUUUGCUUCCCUGUUAUUAGUGGAAUCAUGAGGGAGCAAUAUGUUCAAAGGCCACGUGUGGCUAGAACUGCUUUUCCGCUGGCACUUAUCCUCUCCCCCACACGGGAACUUUCAUGUCAGAUACACGAUGAGGCCAAAAAGUUUUCGUACCAAACAGGUGUGAAAGUGGUGGUUGCUUAUGGAGGAGCUCCAAUCACCCAACAGUUACGGGAGCUUGAGAGAGGAGUUGAUAUUCUGGUGGCUACUCCAGGAAGAUUGGUGGAUUUGCUUGAGAGGGCUCGGGUGUCACUGCAGAUGAUAAGGUAUUUGGCGCUUGAUGAGGCAGAUCGGAUGCUGGACAUGGGUUUUGAGCCUCAAAUAAGAAAGAUAGUUGAACAAAUGGACAUGCCUCCUCCGGGCAUGAGACAGACACUGUUGUUUAGUGCCACAUUUCCCAAAGAGAUACAGAGACUUGCAUCAGAUUUUCUUUCAAAUUAUGUGUUUCUGGCUGUUGGAAGAGUCGGUUCAAGUACUGAUCUAAUUGCUCAAAGAGUAGAAUAUGUGCUUGAGUCAGACAAGAGGAGCCAUCUCAUGGAUCUUCUUCACGCUCAGAGGGAAAAUGGAAUUUGCGGCAAGCAAGGUCUGACAUUAGUUUUUGUGGAAACGAAGAAAGGAGCUGAUGCAUUGGAACACUGCUUGUGUGUUAAUGGAUUUCCUGCAGCCAGCAUUCAUGGUGACAGAACACAACAAGAGAGAGAACUAGCAUUGAGGUCGUUCAAGACUGGAAACACACCAAUUCUAGUGGCAACUGAUGUUGCAGCACGUGGUCUGGACAUCCCUCGGGUAGCACAUGUGGUAAAUUUUGAUCUUCCCAAUGACAUUGAUGAUUACGUGCACCGAAUAGGAAGAACGGGACGAGCUGGUAAAAUGGGAUUAGCAACGGCCUUUUUCAAUGAAAGUAAUUUAUCCUUGGCCAAACCAUUGGCUGAUCUGAUGCAAGAGGCUAAUCAAGAAGUUCCUGCCUGGCUCACCCGUUAUGCGGCAAGGGCUGCUUACAGUGGUGGCAACAGAAACAGGAGGUCAGGGGGAUCCCGUUUUGGUGGUCGUGAUUUUAGGAGGGAGGGCUCAUUUAAUAAAUCAACAGAUUACUAUAGUGGUGGAAAUGGUGGCGGAGCAGCUGGGGGAUAUGGCAAUUACGGUGGAGGAGGAGGGUAUGGUCAAGGUGUGACAAGUGCUUGGGAUUAGAUUAGUGUCACAACACUAAUUCAUUCUCACUUUGAUUGUAUAUAAAUUUCAGACUUUAAUGGUGAAAAGCUGUAUCUUCUCAACCAUGGUUAGGCAAAUGAGGUGGGGGAAAUGCAUAUGGAGAACACAAAAUCUGUAAGCAACCCAAAAAUUUCUGACUUGUUUGAGUCUGUAUUGUAGAAGAAGAAGAAGAGGGAGAGAGGGUGUAAACAGAUUGGAUGGGGACGAAAGGACAGAUUGGAUGUGUUAUGUAUUUUUUUGUUAGGUCCUUAAGUCAGGAUUUAUCCCUAAUUAGCAUGCACAUAUUCUUGAUUUCGUUAUUCUAUGCCUUUAAUUACCUAAUUUUUUCAA